AUGAGUGGUAGCAGUGCAACUGUUGUGACGCAGCGUUUAGCUCCGAAACGUCAAACGCUGGAUGAGGCAUAUGCGCCACCGGCAAAUUUUCUAGAAAUUGAGGUGAUCAAUCCGAUAACUCAUGGUGUUGGUAAAAUGCGCUAUACCGAUUAUGAGAUUCGACUAAGGACAAAUUUACCGAUAUUUAAGCAUAAAGAAUCAAGUGUUCGUCGUCGUUAUUCCGAUUUUGAAUGGCUUCGAGGUGAACUGGAACGUGAUAGCAAGAUUGUUGUACCAACUUUGCCUGGUAAGGCACUUAAACGACAAUUACCGUUUCGUUCUGACGAUGGAAUAUUUGAGGACUCAUUUAUCGAGGAAAGGAGGAAAGGCUUGGAAUUAUUCAUUAACAAAGUUGCUGGUCACCCACUUGCGCAAAAUGAACGGUGCUUGCAUAUCUUUCUGCAGGAUGCAAUAAUUGACAAGCAUUAUGUUCCGGGAAAGAUUCGUCUCACAUAA